CACACACACACACCUCCCCCUCCCCCUCCUGUCAGCUCGUCUCGCGUUGAUAAUCCGCCUCUCUCUCUCUUUCUGUCUCGCGGACAUCAUGGCGGAAAUCAAAACGGGAAUUUUCGCUAAAAACGUUCAGAAACGACUGAACCGUGCGCAAGAGAAGGUGUUGCAGAAACUGGGCAAAGCAGAUGAGACCAAAGAUGAACAGUUUGAACAAGUUGUCAUCAACUUCAGGAGACAGGAGUCUGAAGGUUCUAGGUUGCAGAGAGAGAUGAAGGCCUACAUGUCUGCCAUUAAAGGGAUGCAACAGGCUUCCAUCAACUUGACACAGUCUCUACAUGAAGUCUAUGAGCCAGACUGGCACGGAAAAGAUGAUGUCAUGAUCAUCGGGAAGGACUGUGAUGCAUUGUGGGAAGACUUCCAUAACAAGCUGGUGGACUCCACACUUCUGAACCUGGACGAGUACCUGCAACAGUUUCCCGACCUCAAAACACGUGUGUCCAAAAGAAGUCGGAAACUCAUUGACUAUGACAGUGCUCGUCAUCACGUUGAAACACUGCAGAUGUCAGGAAUGAAGAAUGACCGCAAGAUGAUGAAGGCAGAAGACGAGUUAAAAAAGGCUCAGAGAGUUUUUGAUGAGCUGAAUGUUGGUCUGCAGAAUGAAUUGCCAACUCUCUGGGAUGGCCGGGUCGGCUUCUAUAUCAGCACCUUUAAGAGUGUGACAAAUCUGGAGGCCAAAUUUCACCGUGAAAUCUCUCUGGUUUGUCGGCAGCUGUAUGAAGUGAUGACCCAACUGGCUGAGCAGCACUCUGACAAAAUGUUCACCAUCCAAGGAGCACCAAGUGAUUCAGGACCACUGCGACUCGCCAGAACCCCGUCACCACCAGAAGAUGAGAGUCCACCUGAGAGUCCAGAUGUGAGCUCCAAUCAUAUGCUCCGCCCCGUCUCACCUGGACCACCACGGCCCAAAUCCCCUACACAGCUUAAAAAGGGACCACCGGUGCCUCCACCACCCAAGGUCACACCUACCAAGGAGGUGGCAGAGGAGCAGAUUAUCGACCUGUUUGGAGGAGAAUUUUUACCUGCACCUUCACCAUCUCAGCCCAAUGAACGACCUGGAGAAUCUCUUCUUGACUUGGACUUUGAUGCUUUUCAGGCAGAUGAAAGUGUUUCACCGAUACCACAGACUGCCGUUCCCUGGGAUAUGUGGUCGGCAAAUGCCCAAACCGCUCAGCCGCAGGCUGCAGAUGCCAGCUUUGUUGCAGACUGGUCCGCUGACUUUGGUUCAAUGCCAGCAAAUGGAGAUGCUCUCCCAGGAGCCGAUGCCCCUGCUGCCUCAGGAGCCGAGGCCUCUGCUGCCUCAGGAGCCAACGCCCCUGCUGCCUCAGGAGCUGACGCCCCUGCUGCCUCAGGAGCCGACGCCCCUGCUGCCUCAGGAGCCGACGCCCCUGCUGCCUCAGGAGCCGACGCCCCUGCUGUAGGGCCAGAGGGGGUACAGGGUGGGGCUCAGGGCUGGCACCAGGCCGACAGCUCACAGUUGGGUGGAGACGCAACUACACCUCCUCACGAUAGUGAGGCAGCCACUGCAGCUGGAGAUGAGGCGACUGAUGCAUUUAAUGGAUUUUCACAGGAUGCCACUCCCCCAUCAUUUUUUGCUGAUUUUGAUAAGAUGAACGAAGUUAAGGCCGAAUCUGCUGAGGCUCCUAAAGCCUCAGAGACAGAAACUGUUGAGGAACAAGAGAAGCCUCCAGCUCCCCCUGUUGGUGAGGUUGCAUCUCCACCUGCUGGAGGAGAUGCAGAGAAACAUCCGGCUUCCCCUGAGGGAGGAGAGGUGGAGCAACCUGAAGCUUCUCCUGCUUGCGAAGAAGAUGCAGCAGAAUCUUCUGGCAGCACGAAGGAGGAGCAGUCUGCUAUUUCUCCUGCUGAGGAAACCGCAUCUCCAGUGGAAGCAGCUCCAUCGGAAAAGAUGCCAAUCCCCUCGGUGGUGAUUGAGCCUGCCUCCAGUAACGAAGGGGAUGAUGACCGUGACGCUGACAUAAUUUCUCCUACCACCAUCAGUGACAAUGAUGUGAUAGCUGAGAACCAGAGCAUGAAACACAUCAGUCCGUCUGGUGGUGUGUCGGGACUCCCUGAUGACUUUCUUUACAAGGUGGAGACGAUGCAUGACUUUGAAGCUGCGAAUUCAGAUGAACUAGAACUGAAGAGAGGUGAUGUGGUUUUGGUGGUUCCCACAGCUUCAGUAGAGGAUCAGGAUGCCGGCUGGCUCACAGGGGUGAAAGAAAGUGACUGGUUAGCAUGUGGGGUUGGUGCUCAUAAAGGACUCUUCCCAGAAAACUUUACCCAACGUCUGGAGUAAGAAGCCUCUUCAGCUGGUGGAAAAAUGAGUAGAAGCUUCAGACAUCAGUGUCCAAGCUGUGCAGUCAACAUGUAGCCACCCACUGAAAAACACCUUAUAACCUGCUGCAGUCUUCCUGCAGGACAACAAAAGGCUUUCUCUGGUAGUUUAAACUCAACUGAAACUGAAAGUGUUGGUAAUAAAAUAGUAGUAUUCCCAGCAUAACUGAAAAUUAAUAAGCAUGAUGUGAUAGUGUGGUAUACCCUCUUCAGGAAUUGUUUUGUUGUCUCUGAAAGAAAAAAUAAUUAUAAUUUAUUGGGAAUGUUGCAAUCUCUACAUGUCUACUCCUACAAAAAGAUGAAAAAACGUCGUAGAAGUGAAAAAAACAAAAAACAAAAAAACUAUACCUUCCUUGCAACACAUUUGUUGUACAGAUUUUGUUGCUAUGCUGUGGAAUAUACCAGAAUUUGUAGUGCUGUGAUCUUUUUAAAUGUGCUCUGUGUCACAUGAAACUCUUGGGUUUGUUUAUUUUAUUCAGACACAUCAUUACGGUUAUCCUAGAUUCACUGUUUGUGUAUUUCUGUAAAAUCAUGGUUGAGUAUGUGUGUGUGUGUGAGGUGAUAAUUGCUUUUGCAGAUGGUGACGAUGAUUUUACUGAUGAUGUGUGUUGUGUGUUUGCCAAACGAAUACUGAUAUGUAGUAAGUAAGCGCUGGUAAUUAAACCAGUGUACAUCCAGCAUGAAAAAGUAUUCCCCACAUGAAAAAAAUAAAGAAAUGCCCACUCUGAAAUAUCAUUGUAUAGCUGUAUGUCAUAUGUUUUAUGAAAAUUAUAUUUGCAAGAAACAUAGCUGAUCAGGAGAUAUUCCAGUAUAUCCAGCAAGUUAUUCACCAGAGUACAUCACAGGGGAAGUUAUUGGCAGAUGUAAUAUGCAAUCUAUGUUGUCUGUACAUUCCAGGUCUCUAUAUUUCAGCAGUUUUGUGGAGCGACACAUACGAUGUCACUGUCUUUGAUAGUGAAGUCAAACAGUUAAUGUAGACUUUUGUGAUGUACAUACCAUAAAGAUUAUGUCAAGAACAAUAAAGAAGGAUUCAUAAAUUG